AGUUGAUAGAGACAAACCUUGACCCGCCCCGCCAAGCUUACUGUUUCCAUUUCCAGAACCCGUAAAAAGUAAAAACACUCCUUCCUCCUCCUGGCACCUUUCACUCAAUUUCCUCUCUGCGAACUGCCGAAGCCACUAACAAUGACAUCCACCACCAUGGGCCCUCCUCCUCCAAGAAACCCCCAUCCCACCACCUCAACCGAAGCUGCUUCCACCACAGAACCCGAAUCCGAACCCGAAUCUAAAACUUCAGUUGUCGACGAACCACAGAAAAUCUCCUCAACAACAACAGCUGCAAAACCCUCCAUGGCCCCACCACCUCCCACAAACCCUAUUCCCACCCCACCAGAAACUUCUACAGAGCAAGAGAAAACAAAAUCAAAGGAUCCGUUAGUUCCGUACACAAUUCCUGAAUGGAGUGGGCCACCUUGCCAUAAAUUCUCCCUCGAGAUUCUCAAAGAUGGCUCCAUUAUCGACCAAUUUGAAGUUUGUGAGAAAGGGGCUUACAUGUUUGGCCGCGUGGAGCUCUGCGAUUUCAUUCUCGAGCACCCUACCAUCUCUCGCUUCCAUGCCGUUCUCCAGUUCAAAAGAAAUGGAGAUGCAUAUCUUUAUGAUCUUGGCAGCACUCAUGGCACCUUUGUUAACAAGAGUCAGGUGGAGAAGCGUGUUUAUGUGGCCUUACAUGUUGGUGAUGUUAUUCGAUUUGGACAUUCAUCCCGAUUGUAUAUUUUUCAAGGACCACCUGACUUGAUGCCACCAGAAGCUGACAGGAAAAUUCUUAGAAAUGCUAAGAUCCGUCAAGAGAUGCAAGAUCAGGAAGCCUCACUUGAACGAGCAAGGUUGGAAGCUUCUCUUGCUGAUGGUAUCUCAUGGGGUAUGGGAGAAGAUGCUAUUCAAGAAGUUGAGGAUGAUUGUGAUGAAGUAACAUGGCAAACCUACAAAGGACAGCUUACAGAGAAGCAAGAGAAAACCCGUGAUAAAGUGAUAAAACGAACAGAAAAGAUUGCUCAUAUGAAGAAGGAAAUAGAUGCCAUUCGUGCUAAAGACAUUGCACAAGGUGGAUUAACACAAGGUCAGCAAACUCAGAUUGCACGCAAUGAACAAAGAAUGACACAGAUAAUGGAAGAACUGGAAAACUUGGAAGAGACUCUUAAUGAAAGUAUCCGGGAAAGUAUUGGGGCACGUUCUGGAAGGAUAUCUCGUGGUAAAGGAAAAGGAACAGCAGAAGAUGAUCAGGAUUUUUCAAGUGAUGAUGAUGAAUUCUAUGACCGUACAAAGAAAACAUCAGUGCAAAAAGCUGGUGAAAAUCUAUCGGUUGAAACUGCUGAUACCCUUCUUGACAAGAGAGAUGCUAUAAUGAAACAAAUGGAAGACAAAAAAGAAGUGCUUUUGAUCGAGAAGAAUAAAAUGGCAUCAGAAACUGUAGUUGAGAAUGGAGCUGGAGAUGCACUUGAUACCUAUAUGUCAGGGUUAUCGUCUCAGCUAGUUCUGGAUAAAACCAUGCAACUCGAAAAGGAACUAUCCUCUCUACAAUCUGAACUAGACAGGACCAUGUUCCUAUUAAAGAUUGCUGACCCAUCAGGAGAUGCUGCUCGGAAAAGGGAUUCAAAAGUGCAGGUUAUGAAACCUGACAAAGCAGAGGUGCCUGUUUCUGCCACCAAAAGCCAACCACCCACAGAACCACAGAAAAGUAGUGCAUUGGGAAAACCGACCAAUGUCUCCAUUCAGAAACAGAAAGCUGAAGAUGCUGUGGUUGCUGAAAUGGUAUCGACUGAUGCAGCAGAAACUGACAAAAAUGUCAUUGAUGCACCUGAUGGUAAGCCUACUGUUUAUACUGUUGUAAAACCCCAAUGGCUAGGUGCCAUAGACAAAAGGAAAAUGAAGGAGACCCAACAAGAAGAGGUGCUGGUCAUGGAUGAGUCUGAUCAGUUUGUGGAUUAUAAAGAUAGACAGAAAAUCUUGAGUAAUGUUGAUGGUGCAGAGGUUAACGUGGAUUCAGAGAUUGAAAGUGCUGCUCCUGGUCUGAUAAUAAGGAAACGGAAGGGAGUUGAGGGACCUGGAGCUAAUGAUAAUGAAGCUCCUGAACAGUUGACAUCAUCAUCUGCGGGAGAAGAGUUCUUGGCAGAAGAUGCUGUUGCACUGUUAUUGAAACAUAAAAGAGGAUACCAUGCAGAAGAUGAAGAAGGAAAUCAUCAAAGCCAAGAGAUAUCAGGCACAAAUCAACGUGGCAAGGAAAAGAAAAGGCAGAAAAGAGUGCUGGGCCCAGAGAAACCCUCAUUUCUCAAUAGCAACCCAGAUUAUGAAACCUGGGUGCCACCUGAAGGCCAAUCAGGUGAUGGACGAACCUCUCUAAAUGAUCGUUAUGGAUACUGAACUGAUAUUCUAGUAGUUUACUCUGUUUGAGCUCACCACCUUCUCAGAGAAAUGGUUCAUAGGAAAGCUACCAGAGUCAUAAAUGUACUGAGAGACUGACGCAGACUUAGCCCCUUGGUCUUUCGUGAUGUACGAAUCCGUCCUCUCAUAGUUUAUGGCGUGCCUCAAAAUUUAUGCUUGAACUUGAAGGCCAUUUUUAAAACACACGGACACUGGUGGCUGAAGGCCAUUCAUUGUGAUUUGGUGCUUCAAGUUUUCAAGGCAUCCAAGGACGGAGAUGACCUUUGGAUUCCAUUUCUAAAUGGAGAUAUGAAAUGUUGUGAUUGGUCAAAUUUUUGGCUGAUACAGGCACUUUAGCACAAUCAUGUAUAGCAGUUAAAGGACAACAGUUUGUAUUACUGGCUGCAAAACUUUGUAACGAGUUCUCAGAAGAAAAAAAUCAACUAGUCUCCUGGUGUUACAGAGCAUUGAUCAAA